GUACAAGUAGAGCCCCGAUCACGGGCCUCGUUCCCCCUUAAAUACUUGCUCGGCCCCACACCUAUCGGACAGUAGGCCCCCUCGCGGUGUCGCUGUUCGUCAACCUUCACCGCCGCCUCGACCACCCUUAGACGCCGCGAGCUCGACAGCCUGCCGACUGUACUUGCUAGGUAGUGCCGUCAGAAGAGACGGAUGUCUGACGGAUGUUUGAAUAGCGUGUAAGCACGUAGGACGUCUCUAGUUUCUUGACGUGUAGAAUAAAGGUGCCUUCACAGCCCUGAGUAAUUCACUACACAUGGAUAAGGAUCAAAGUUACAAAUCAGCACUAAAGAUGUACGAUGCGAAGGGAGGAAACAAGGUUCCAAAAUGUUUGUGCUGCAACGGAAAAGGCUUUGUCACCGAUUCAAUUAUCCUUCUUGGGGUAGUUAAAAGCAAUUAGACGGACGUGUUAGGUUUCUUGAGUUUUAGUUGUAAAUGUGUUUUUAUUGCGCAAUGCACGACACAACUGUUACCCCGUCCCAUUGGUCGCCUUGAGAAUUGCGCGGCCAUCUUACGUGGGGUCAGCCCCUCAUUAAGAUGGCCGCCGGGAGGUGGGGGGUGUGACGGAAGUGACGUAGGCAGGGAGGUUGUUGUGCUCGGAGUCUGGAAACUCAACGCCGCUCGCCUUCCCCUCGGACGCGAAAACCGCGUACAGUGCCUCCCCACUCCACUGCUGGAUGAGCACCAGAGCCUCGGUGAAAGGGCAUUGUUAGAGCGCGACGAGGAGGGUGAGCGCGAACUGCACUCGGGUAAGAGGGGGGGGGAAGGCCACGGGGACCAACAGUACCAUGACACCACUACGACGACUACGAUAACACGCGGCACGGCUGGAGCGCUCGUGUCACAGCAGCCCUCGUGUCACAGCAGCCCUCACUCCACUGGUGGGUGAAGGACUCUCCACGCCGUGUGGAUCCGCAGCGGUUUGGCCAGAUUUCACAAUACGCGUGGCACAAUGACGCAGCUCGGAAGGGCCCAACCGGCCUGGCUGGCACGAUGGCCAGCCCGGAGGCGAUGGCACUGCGGGAGUGCGGCCCGCUGUACGCCGUAACGAACGCACUGCCCACUCGGGUGUCCCGUGGUCUGCGCUCCGUGCCGCUCCGCCUCACUGUGCUGGACGCCAGCAGCGAGUACCUGGCGCUGGGCACCAACGUGGGGCAGGUCUUCCUCUACUGCCGGCGACGGCACCGCUUGCAGAAGCUCGAUGUGAAGUAUGAUCCCAUCACAGCCGUGAGGCUGCUCACCUGCCUGGAUGACCUGGUUGCUGUGGGAACUGCAACUGGCCGGGUGGUUUUGUUUCAGCUCGCUUCUCUGCUCCCUGGACGCAACAAACAGCUGCACAGGUUCGAGGUGGCGGGCCAGCACUCUGUGUCUGUCGUGGCGCUAGCUUGGAGCACCAAUGGCAUGAAGCUGUUCUCGGGCGAUGAGCGUGGCAAGGUCGUCUGCACCAGCAUCGACUUUGAGCUUGGCGUGUGCAACUCGUUUCUGGUGCACGAGGAAUGCAGCGGGGUGGUGCAGCUCGACUAUGCCCAGCGCACGCUGCUUGUCUCCACUGGCCAGCGCUCCGUGCUGUGCUUCCCCGAGACAGGACAAGCCACGCGGCAGGUCGGGACCAAGCCGCGCAAGUGCACGGAGCCACUUGGUGCGUGCUUCAUCCCAGGCCUGUGCAAGCCGGCCGACCUGACGCUGCAUGCCGCGCGGCCCGGCCUGCGUCUCUGGCGCGCUGACAUGGCCGGCGCCGUGAAGGCCACAUACAUCUUCCGUGACGUGCUGGCGCUGGACCCACGGCCCGUGCAGCUGACGGCGCGGCCCACGGUGGCGGCAGGUGGUGGCGGCGGUGCAGGGGAGCGUGCCUUCGGGCUUCUGCGGCCCUUCCUGCCCACGCAGGGCCUUCUGAUGUCAUGGAGCCCCAGUGGCCUGUAUGUGUUGGACCCCACCAAGCAGGCGGUGGUGGGCAGCCUCGAGCUGGGAGCUGGGGACCUGGUGGCGGCCGCCUGCUGCAAUGAUGAAGUCUUCCUGCUGCUGGGCGAGCGGGAGUUGGUGCGCCUGUCGGCUCAGCUGCAGGGCACACCCGAACCAGCUGUUCCGCUGACCGAGAGAGGCGUGGGGCCGGACGUCCCAGCGGCCGGUACCCCAACCGCGCUGUCCUCGGCACCGUACGGCGGCUCCCCCAUCCCCACGGCUCGCCCGGACGCCCCCCCCAUCAUUGCAAGCCCGAGCACCGGCCCCGACGAUCGGCCCUCGGCGAUGGCGACGUCUCCCGGCUCCGCGUUGGGGACCGCGUUCGCUUCCGAGCAGCGCGCGGGUGAUGAAGCCGACGUCGCCGUCGAGGGAGCCACAUCGACGGCUCACGCGCCCCAUGCCCCCGCGCUGGACUCGGGGCUUGCGGAUGGCUUGGCGGCCGAGCCCGUGUCAGAGGUUGGGUCGGGGGUGGCCGCCCAGGAGCUCUUGCCAGAGCAGAGACUGCACUCGCUGAGCCUCGGGGAGCUGGAGGAGGCGGGGAGGGUCCUGGCGGAGCCGCUCCGCAGGAGGAAGAAGAAGAGGCACGAGGGGAGCGGCAGCUUGGUGGAGGACAGCUCUGCACCACUAACCCAGGAGAACCCGAGCAGCACGACUCUACCCUCAGCCCAGACUUCUGUUGCUGACGUGUCUGCGGGGGCCUGCGGAGUGCCCGACAGCGUCCCGGAAGCACCUGUAGUAGACCUUCAGUCAGAUGGGAACAGCGCCUCGUCCGGUGUUAACAGUGCGGGCGCCGUGUCGGUCGCUGCCGUGCCCCAGGAGCGUGUGACUACGAAGAGCUCGUUGCCCGAAGCCGUGGGGUCCAAACCACGCACCGACGCGUGCAGAGAGGGCCACACGGGGAGGGGAGCGGCCGAGAGGCACGGCCCCAUGUCACUGCAUGACGAGUUACGGGAGCUUGGGGAGUGCGAGGAAACUCCUUGGACCUUGCACCUCACGGCUCUGGCGGCCGGACAUUCGGAGAAUAUAUCUGACGAGAUGGCAGACGUGGAUGUGUCGUCUUCGCUGCCAAAGCCAGCUGUGGACGUGAACAAAGAGUGGACCUCAUUGAGCAAAGUGCCACAAGAAAACCUCGUCAAACAGCACCGUAGCGACGCUCCGUCGCCCCUGAUUUUCUUCGACGAGGACAAAUCGCAGACGGCGAUAGCCUCCUAUGACCACCGCAGAUCUGACACUAAAGGCAAAUUGCUGGGCGCCCCUGGCGUCGCUGCCGGUGUCAGCAGGAGCCUUGAUUACCCUCGGCAACAACAGAGCCCGGGCACCGGUAUCGACAAAGGCCGGUUGGGCAGCGUGACCUUGGCAGACGACGGCAGUUUGGCCUGGUUGCUGGGCGACGAGGCUCCUCCCCGGCACGACGAAGCCGCCGGGAGCGUCGCGCCGCAGGGCAGCGGCUACUUCGGGGAGACCGUCCCGGUGGCAUUUCUCGUGGACGACCAGCACUGGUGGAAGAAGCUGACGGCGCAUGAGGGGGGGAACGGGGAGCCUCGUUGCCAACAGGAGGAGGAAGCGCGGCGGGAGGAGGAGGCCAAGCCUGCCGCGCGGGGUGACGGCUCGGACGAGAGCGACAGCGAGGACAUCUACGCGCGGUGGGCGCCUGCCUCAUCAUCCGACACCAGCGCGGCCGACGCGGAGGGGACUGUGCCCGGCGACGCUGAGAGCCCCGACGAGGUGGCCGGGGGAGGGUCGUCCACCUCGUCGGGCUCGGCGUGCGAAGGCCGGCAGGCGGUCGGCGGCUCCACCCCGAGCGUGCCGAGGGAUGGGCAGCUGUCAGAGUGCUGGAUGCGGCACGCGGGCCCGGGGUCACUGGCGGCCGGCCUGGCGGUGUCGGAGCGCCACCUGUGGUGCGUGGAUGGCCGCGGUGUCCUGCACUGCGCACCCGUGGCCCCCGCGCCCGCUGGGCUGCUGUGGCAGAAAUAUGAGGAAGGUGUGCGCCAGGUGGCCGUGUCGCCUUCCGGCAUACUGUUGUGGAAGGUGGAGCACAAGUCUAGUAAGGCGUUUGCCGCCAGCAAGGCCACGAUGCGCGGCAAGCGGCACUGGUACGAGGCCCUGACGCGCGUCUCGCACGUGGCGCUGGGAGACGACUCGGCCUGGGUCGUCAACGUUAGCGGGCACCUCUACGUGCAGACUGGCCUGAGUGGGGAGCGGCCAUGCGCGCGCCCCGUGCAGGUGAACAACUCGCCCCCCCUGCUGCAGGUGGCGGCUCGCGCCGGCGUGGUGUGGGGCAUCACGUCGCAGCCCAACACCACGCUCAUGUGCCGUGAGGGAGUGAGCAGCCUGUGUCCCGAAGGCGAGCGCUGGGUCAUCGAGCAAGCCUGUGUGCAGCAGGGCCUGGAGGUGGUAUGCAUCGCGCUUGGUGACGACCACACGGGAUGGGUGCUUGAUGCCCAGGGACGCCUGUGGUUUCGCACUGGGGUCACGUCGCAGACUCCUGCUGGGGAGGGUGACCACUGGUGGCAGGUGUGCCUGAGCGAGUACGUGCUCUGCGAGCCGCCCUCCAUCCUGCAGUCUCUGACGGCGGCAGUGGCGGCGGCGGGCGUGGCGGCAGCAGCGCCCGUGGAGAUGCUCGCCGAGCGCCUGCGCGCCGUGCAGCGCCUGCGCGCCCCGCUCGCUGUCGGGGCCCACCAGGCGCCACUCCUCGCCGUCGGCCGCUCCGGCGUUUGGGUGCUGUCGGGGCGCAAUGAAAUUCACGUGUCGCGCGGGGACCUGACGGGAGCGUACUGGGCAUCUGUGGUUCCCCGGGGCACGGCCUCCACCUGCAUCUGGCUCUCCGUGCUCGUCUCCCCUUGCCCUGUCGACUGUGGCCCAGGCCACAGCGUGUGGGCCAUGCAGAACGGCGGCGAACUCUUCAUGUUCUCAUUCGAGCCACCCGACGCCGGGGGGCGGCUGGAGCCCGCGGGGUGGCCCAUCGUCGUGCCCCUCCCACAGCCGUCCGUGCAGCUGAGUGUGGCGCAUGACGCCGUCUGGGCCCUCGACGUUGCCGGCCGCGUCUUCGUGCGCCCGCUGUCCCGCUCAGUUCCCGCUGGCGCCAUCUGGUUCCCGCUAGAUCUCUCGCAGCUGGGGUCCACGCGUCUGGUGAGCGUGGCAUGCGGUGGCCAGAACGUGUGGGCGUGUGACGCGGCUGGCACCGUGUACUUCCGCAUGGGCACACAGCCCCUCAACUCGAGCCAGAUGAUGCCCGCUUGGGUGGCCCUGGACAGGGACACACAGAAUUUCCAGCUGUGCAAGCUGUUCUGCAGCCCCAGCGACGCCAUGGUGUGGGCGAUGGACGCACGGGGGAACGUGUUUGUGCGCGUGGGCAUCUCCCACACGAUGCCUAUUGGCUGCAGCUGGGAGCACGUGCCGGGGCUGAAUGCGACGGCGCUGGCACUGAGCGAGCACACGGCGUGGGUGCUGUGCCCCGGCGGGGAGGUGGCACGGCGGUAUGGCGUGCGGGAAGGCAACGCGGCUGGAGACUACUGGAAGCGCAUCCCUGGGCAGCUCACCUCGCUUGCCGUGACGGGCGCGGACGAGGUGUGGGGCUGCACGCCGGAGGGCGUGCUCGUGCGCCGUCUCACACGCCUGCUCCGCCGCUCAACGGCGGCGGCUGCCCCACCGCACGCCUACCGCCUGGGCAGCACUGACGACAACGACGACGACUGGGAGCUGUUGUGAGGAGGCGCGCCAGCCCGGCGGGGCGCCCACGUGGGUGACCGCUGCCUCCCUCUGCCCGCGCCGCCAUAGCCGCUUCCCGUUUUACAGUAACGGAGGGAAGAGCUGCAGCAUUGACCCCGACCACCGACCCGUCACCCCGGUGACUUGAGGGCGAGGGCAGCGGGUUACCAAACUGCGCUACGUGGGCCGCCGCUGUGACCCUACACAGCCGCAGUGUCCGGUAUAAACGAGUGGAGUGUGUGGACAGUGGUACUGGAGAGCCUGCUGGAGUCUUGCAGACAAGUGGAGGUGGCUGUGGCUGAAGGGUAUUUAACCAGCAAUACUCAGGUUAAAGGGUGAUCGUUAAUGGAUUGAAGCCUCCACUGGAAUCACCAGACUGAGCCUAUUAAAAGUUCUAACAUUGUUGAGUGAUGGGCAGCGUGGCACUGAAAUGGUCUGAUGCACUGUGGGUAGGGGGGAUGGUGGUGUGUACGUUGUGACGAUUCUACACGCAGCUGGCAGUUUUCAUGGUGACAGGGUGAAGAGGGCGCCGUACGGAUGUUGUCGGGGCGUCGCUAGCGCUGCUGAUGUUUGUGUAGCCGACGUACUAAGGCCACUGGUAAGGUACAUCAUCCACAGCGUGACACUUGCUGAACUUGUCAUAGGGGUAAAUUCACAGCCCUGCGCCAAUAUUUACGCGACUACCGGUGCCUCGCAGCCAUAAAUCUCGAGUGGGUAAGAUGCAAACAAACCCUAUUAGUUUAACACAUAGGCUUUCGCGACCAAUAUCAGCCAAACGUGAGGUGUAAGAAAACUGACGUUAGCGCAAAAGCAACGCAGAUGUAAAUGCAAGUAGCGAGAACAAAGCCGAACAUUAACUCUGCUGCAGCUGCAAUAAUUAACAUGCUGCUCCCAGAGCUUGAGCCUCGCUAGAAUGUCGCACUUAUUUAUUAACCAGCCGUGCGCGACCUUAAAAGUGAAAAAACGUCUUGCGCUCCUGCAGUGCGAUGCAGAAAUUAGUCAAAGUAUCAUUUGUGGGUCAGUGACAUUACAGCAAGGGAAGGGAGUGAGAGGAGUCCUGAUGGCGGCACAGUACGUCAUUUCAUCUCUCGUUGCACACCCCACGAGUUCCCAGCAUCUCUCCGCCGGCCAGCAGUCGUCACCCAGAAACGCGUGGACUGGCAUUUACAAACUUGAGAUGGUAGCGUUAGAAGUCUACCCCAAUGCAUACUGUACUUUACAAAAUAAUUUUCUUUAACUUUAAUAUAACUGUGAAAUAAAACAUUUAAACAGUGAUAUUGUAA